CCGAACUCUUUGCUUGCCCAUGCAGGUGGGGGAGUCCCUUGUGUCUGAAGACUGCACAGAGAGGUGCAAGUGCACGGUCGAGGGGUAUGUAAGCUGUGGGAAGAUCAGCUGUGCCCCAGGGGAGAGCUGUGUGGUGCAAAGAGGAAUCCGGACGUGCGGCCGCACUCAUGCCAGCUGCAACCUGCUCUCCAUGGGCGGGCUCACCACGUUUGACAAGCUGAUGACAACACUGGGGUCGAGCGGAAAGUAUAAGAUGAUCACCCUCUGCGACAGCUCCCAGACUCGCUUCAAAGUCACCGCUGACCUAAACCUGGCUGCCCCGACACCGAUGACGAAAGCUAUUUACUUUAACUAUGAAGCCACGUCCAUCGUUUUGAAGCCGGAUCUGGUGGUUCUGGUGAAUGGACAGCAGGUGAUGUUACCAGCAGACAUAGGAGACAUUUCCAUCAGGCUGUCCCAGGGAACUGUCCUGAUUAAGCACAGCUCUGGGAUUGAGCUCAAGUACUGCAGCUUGGGUAACGUGAAGGUGACAGUGAGCGAGGCCUACGCCAGCCGGCUCUGCGGCCUGUGUGGAAAUUUCAACGGGUUAAUCCCUGAUGACCUGAUGAUGAGAAGCAGCCGGAUUGCAACCAACAUCUUAGCCUUCCACACAGACUGGAAGGAGUGAGGGCUUUGCAUGAACCUCCGAGGCUGGAAAUCAAGCACCCAGCUCAUCACAUUCUUUAUUCUCUUGGUGUGGUUUUUCAAAUAGAAAAUUGUGUGGGUUUAAUUCUUAGGCGUUUAUUAAAUAUAUAAAACCAUUUGAGGGCGUAUCAAUCUGAUAUCUGAGGUUCUUUAAAAACUGGUAAGCAUUGAAUCAGACAUUUCAAAAACAGUAAUUGACAAUAGAUUAAUAGUUUAACACAAUGUGCCCCACUUUUGAUUGUAUGUCACUUCCUUGCCUGAGAAGCAAGAACCAGGCUUAAGUUUGUUGUUUAAGUGUCAGUCAUAGAACAUGCUCAUUACUGUUGGUAACUAUGAUUCACCUUAGUUCUACUCUGUACCAUUUACCAAUUUUGUAAGCAAACUUUUUUGUUUUUGGUGUUAAUUUCGAUGUGCUGUAGUUGACCUAUUUACAAAACAUUAAGGGCUGUUUAUAAACCAUAUUGAUCAUGUAUGUUAAACAAUGAGAAUAAACUUCCAACUUUCUCUGAAACAAAAUUAAAAAUAAAAACAGUCUAUAUGACGGUUGUGUGAAUAGUUCUUGUAAAAGUUUGUGAAUUGGGUCCACAGCCUUACAAUCAUUUACUGCCUGUGAUUACCUCUGUGCUUACUAUACUGGUUUCACAUUUCUAGAGAAACAUUUAUUUUCAUCUUCUUUCCAAUGUACCUGUAACAAUCACAAGGUAUCUUUUUCAAAGAAAUAAAUAAAAACAAAUGGU